AUGUAUCCCUGUGGUUCAAUCUCUGACACUAUUACUCAUUUCCUCUACUACUCGUUAUCUCUCACAUCAUACGUUAAGGGGACUGUUUUUGUUUCUCGAGCUCCUGAAAGUAUAAAGACCAACGUGGUAGCGGAUUUAACCACCUUUAGUCUACUUUCUUCCUUUGGAACUGCUCCAAUCGCUCGAUUGAAUUCUACAAAUCCAAAUUAUCAAGCUAUGUCAUUUUUUCAAAAGUUAAUCUCCUUCAAACCGAAUAAGAAACAAGGUAUCCAACAGCAGGCUUCUGAAGAUGCAAACAAAUGCCUUUACACUAGAGAUGAAGAAGACUUUGUUCACAUUUAUCCAUCUUUGAGCUGUUCUAAUGGUGUUGCUAAUGAAGAUGAAGAGAGUGUAGAUAUUUCCAAGUGGGAAAUGGCAGAAAUAUUGAAUCAAGGGAAUAAAAUUGUAGUCACUAAAAAUAAUAACAAAACUAAGGAAGAUACGCUAGAAAGACUGCGUCGAUACAGGGACAGACCUAGUAGCUCGACAAGGGCAACCGUUACUGAAGAUACGAGGCCAUGUAUGGAGGAUUCAAGAGAAUUAGAAAUGUUCGAUGAUAAGAGGAAUCGCGUCACGAAAGGUUCUCGCAGAAGGAAGUACCUUUAG